GCGCGUAGCCGCUGUUGCUCUUCAACAGUGAGAAAAAAAAUAAAGUGUUAUUCGCUGUUCGGCGUCGCAGUUGUGUCUUCUAAUCCCACCUCGAAGGCAAACCCACUCCUGGCGUGUCUCAGUGACACGGACACUGACGACUGAAAAGGGUUGUGUAACCAUGAUCUGAUGCAUUAAGGUCUGCAUUUUCUCCGUGGACUCUCACGAGCAGCACAUACAAACACAUCAGCAAUGUCUCAGUCUGAAUCCUGUGCCAAUGUGGGGGAGUGGCUGGGCGUACUUCGCCUGGAGCAGUAUUCCGAUGCAUUUCAGAGUGCUGGAUAUGCAACAUUACAACAAUGUCGCAGCCUCACACCAGAGCAACUGGAAUGCAUUGGUAUCACCCUGCCAGGUCACCAGAGGCGCAUCUUGGCAAGUCUGAACAAAACACAUGGGAAUCAUGACGCUCACACCAUCGGAUCGUUUGAGAGAUCAGAGGAAAUGGGACAAGCUGAAUUUCUGGGGGGAGAUAGACCAUUGCCAGUCCCACCAUGUGAAAAAUCUCUCCUUCAGGACAAUGUGAAGCAAGAUGGAGAGACUUUGAGACCUACACCUAGGAAACGAGAAACGCCAGUCCCCAGAGAAAGACAAGUAUCCAGAAUGCAGGAGAGCAGCGGUGAAGGAGAGAAGCCAGUUCCUGGGAAAAGACAGAUGGUACCUAGAAAUGACGGGGAGAAAGAGAGGGAUGGAGGGAUAGAUAGAGAGAGGAAGAAACCUGUGCCAAAAGAAAGGACUAAGUUUCGCUCUACUACUCCAGACAACUUGGACCCUAGCCCCCCUCCAGCUUUGGACACUUCUUUGCCCCCUGUUCCCCCCCGAAGCACACCAAACUGCCCUCCACAGCCCUUCACCUUACCCUCUGUUCAAACCUCUGGCUCCCCUAAACUGGAAAGACGAGAGGUCAGGGCUCCAGCUUUACAAUGCCGAUCUGUGUCCCCCAGUUCCACAUUUAAACCCCCCCAACCACCAUCCCACCCUCCAGACCUCCCUUCUACUGCAAAUAGGCCUCAGACAUUAGCCAUUCAGCCGAAUGCCCAAUACCUAACUGUCGAUGGAGGAAGAAAAUCUUCACCUGUUUCUCCCAUCCACUCCCCUUGCAGUAGAAAUAUUCCACCUCUUCCUCCAAAGGCAGGAAUAGCAUCUAAAGGCCCUCCACCAAUCCCUCAACGGUUUCCUGUUCAGUCUCCCAGAACUCACAGCCCAUCUCCCACCAAGACAGGCACGGAUGACACGCUCAGAGAACAAACUCCAGAGAUACCACCUCGCAUCAGGCCACCUAAAACUCAAGAAAGCCCACAACAGUUGACUCAACUUGAUAUACAGCCAGCUCUGCCUGCUAGGAGAAUUCCCCAACCUCCCAGCGAGUAUAUGUUGGCUACGGUCAACGAAAAUUCAAAUGACUACGAGGAGCCAGACUUGUUUGGUCCCGCUGGUCAUCGAAUGAACCCACCAGAAAGGGAUAUGUCCCUGCAAGUGCCAAAUUCCACAAAGAAGCGGCCGAGUUCCCUUUGCAGUGACGAUGGAGUGCUCGACGAUUAUGAGUAUGAAGGGAGUCUCCACAGCCAGCAAGGCAGUUUCUACUUACCAAACACUGGUGUUUUGGCUUCCACCAUGAAAGAAGACACCUCUCAGCUUUCUGCUGUCAUCAAGAUGGGUUGGCUGGACAAGAAUCCACCUCAGGGGGCUAUUUACUACCAGAGACGAUGGGUAAAGCUAGAUGCUGACUACUUGAGAUACUUUGACACUGACAAGGACGUGUAUUCUAAGGGGAUCAUCUCAACAGCUUUCAUCACUAAUGUGACCACUGUGGGGGAGCUGAAGUUUGAAGUUGUUACAAACAAUCGAACCUUCAUCUUUAGGGCUGAAAGUGAAGCUGAACGAAAUGAAUGGGUGACUGUACUGCAGGAUUGCACCAGUGGGCGCCAAAGGCACACUGUCAUGAACCCCGGCUCACCUUUAGCCCCAGACUAUCAGGGCUACUUGGAGCUAAAAGGGUUACGCUCCAAACUUUACACAGUUGUUGCCUCAGAUAAAGUUUUCCUCUACAAAAAUAUUGAUGACUAUCGUAUUGGAUUGGGUAUCACGUCUAUUGAGAUGAAUGUAGGAAACAUUAAGGUCUCAGAUCGCCGAAGCUUUGAUCUCACCACACCUUAUCGCAUAUUUAGCUUCAUCGCAGAGUCAGAGCAGAUGAGAGAGCAGUGGGUGAAUACUAUGCGAGACGCGAUAGGUGAGGCAUUGUCUAACAGCGAGGUGGCUGAGCGGAUCUGGGCGGAGUCUAGCAACAGUCUGUGCGCCGACUGUGAAGCACCGAAGCCGGAGUGGGCCGCCAUCAAUUUGUGUGUGGUGGUGUGCAAACAGUGCGCAGGGGAGCACAGAGGACUAGGCCCUAGCAUUUCAAAAGUUCGAAGUCUGAAGAUGGAUAAGAAAGUUUGGACAGAAGAGCUUAUUCAGUUAUUCCUGGUGAUAGGCAACGAGCGGGCUAACAGUUUUUGGGCAGCUAAUGUCCCACCAAGUGAAGCUCUGUCGCCUUCGAGCUGCAGCGAAGAGAGAAGACGCUUCAUCAGCAACAAAUAUCGCCAGGGCAAAUACAGGAGGUACCACGCUCUGUAUGGAAACCAGAGGGAGCUCAAUCACGCUCUUUGUAUAAAUGUGCAGUGCAGCGAUGUACUGGAGACGCUGAGCCUGAUUUUCUGCGGUGCAGAUGUGAAUUGUUCAACUGGGCUGGAAAGUCAACCCUCCCCCCUCUCCUUGGCCACCGCACACUCGCAACCCCUACAGGCCGAGUUAUUGAACCAUAAUCUGAACACAGAGCUACCACGGUUAGAGGAGGUGGAUGCUAUGGACCCAGAACCUUACCCACUACCUCCUUCCGUGUCUCACAAUGGCUUCCUAUUCAAAACUGCAUCCAUGGCUCGGCCAGUCACAGAGCGCAAGGCCAAAGAGGAGUUCAGUCGUCGCUGGUGCACGCUAAAUGAUGGCGUUUUCAGCUACUACGAAAGUGACAAGAACUCAAACCCAAAUGGAGCUCUCAAGGCUUCAGAGAUCGUGUGUUUGGCUUCCGACAACGACGACAGACAUGGGUAUAACAAUACAUUUGAAAUUUAUACAGAGUCUGAGCGUCUCUACCUGUUUGGCACCGAUGACUCAGAAGUCAAAUCCCAGUGGGUCAAGUCUAUCGCCAAGGCCUUUAUUCCAGUCUCUGCAGAACCUUUGCUGAGAUUGAAUUCUGAGAGGAUUGGGAAGCUGAUGUGCAAAGAUGGCUUGAACCUACAAAGGUCCAAAGUUGGGUGGUUUGCUCUGGAGGGGUCUGUACUUCACGUUUACCUGGAGGGCAGUCAGGUGGAGGAGAUCCACCUCCGCAAACUGAACGAACUAUCAAUUCAGCAAGACAAUGAAGUCAUGGUUCUGGUGGGGAAAGGCAGAACUCUGUACAUAGAAGGAAAGAGAAAGCUGGAUUUUUCUUGCUGGUGUGCAGCUAUCCAGGCAGCUGCAGGGAGUGGAGGAGACAGGCUGCACGAGCAGCAGCUCACGGAGACGGACAUACCGGUGAUCGUAGAUAGCUGCAUUAACUACAUCACACAGUGUGGUAUGGUGUCAGAGGGAAUUUAUCGCAAGAGCGGCGUGAACUCUCGUGUGGCAGCUCUGUGCGAGAGGUUUCGUCACGAUGCUCGCAGCCUUUGCCUAAGGGAAGGAGAGCAUCAGGUGGACGACGUCUCUAACACACUCAAACGGUUUUUCAGGGAGUUGAAAGAGGGAGUGUUCACAACACAGGACUCCCCCUCCUGGCUCAGCACUGCAACCAUUCAGGAUGAAAGUACUAAAAUCUCCCAGUACAAGCAGUUCUUGAACAAACUGCCUCAUGUCAACAAGGCAACACUACAAGCCCUUAUCGAGCAUCUCUACUGCGUGCAGCACUUUUCGGAUGACAACCAGAUGAACAACCAUAAUCUGGCCAUCGUGUUCGGUCCCACACUGUUCCAGACUGACGGGAAGGACUAUGCCGCUGGCCGCGCCAUUGAAGACCUCAUUGAGCACUACAAACUCAUCUUUGAGGUGGAUGAGCAGCAGCUGAACAAGCAGAUAGAAGUGAUUGAAGUUAUCCACAAAAUGCGGAAUUUGAAAAAUCCUCCUUCUGAACGAGGAGGUGACUUCAUUUGUACUGUGUACCUGGAGGAAAAGGCCAGUGGAGAGAGACAUGUGAAGAUUCCUGGUUCUAUGACAGCAUUAGAGCUCACACUGGAGAUUCUGGACCAGCGGAACAUCCCAAUUAAAGACAAAGAUUACUGGAGCUGCUGGGAGAUCUGCUGCAAGGAAGAAAUGGAACGACCGCUGCACUAUCAGGAGCGAGUCUUGCCCAUUGUUCACUCCAUCGGCACAGAGUCUCAUCUGCUUAUCAAGAAACAUGCUGCAAUGGAGGCCAUCACUCUUUACCUGUCCAGUAAACCGGACGCAUCCAAGCACGGGAUGAUAAAAUUCAGAGAGGAGCGAAGCAUCUUGGGUUUGGGCCUCACCAGUUUUCAUGAGCGUUAUUUCAUCCUCAAUUACAACUCGCUCAGAAUGUACAAGGACGUCAGAAGUAACCGUCCAGAACGUGAAUGGCCAGUGAAAAACUUGAAGGUUUACCUUGGUAUAAAGAAGAAACUCCGUCCUCCCACAUGUUGGGGACUGACAGUUCUGUAUGAGAGCAUGAAACAAGAGAAGCCCGAGAGACAGCAGUGGUAUCUCUGCUGUGAGACCCAGUCAGAAAUGAGGGAGUGGUAUGCUACAUUUCUCAGUAUUCAGUACGACGGUAACGUGUGGCCUCAGGAUGGACUCCAGCACAAGCGCGUGAGUCGUGAGUUGCCAGACACACGUCAUGGUAACGUGUCACUGAUACCACUGCGUGGCAGUGAGAAUGAGAUGCGGAACAGCGUUGCAGCUUUCAGCCAAGACCAGCUUGCUUUCCUUAAAGAUUUUCGAUAAUGGUCUCAGUAAGGAAGGUUGGAUCAUCGGCCUCAUCGGAUGUCCCCUAGACAUUCCAGUGACGACUUCAUUCCCGAGGGGCAGACACUGAGAAAAACACUUAUAAUGUAUGCGGAUAAUGGCCUUGCACCUCCUUUGAACACGUGCUGGAAUGAAAAGAAUUCAGCAGACAACAGGAUCACACCGCUUUCCGUGCACAGAUGAAGUGAAUGAAGAGAAACAGUUUGUCAGACCACAGUUUCCCUGAAGAGGCCAGAAUCGAUUCCAACCUGAUUUGCACCUAAUGUUUCCACUGGACUCAUAAGAGACAAACUUUUAUUUCUUUAUAUAUAUAUAUUGGGUUUUUUUUUGGGGGGGGGCACACAAAAGACCAGUAAUCCUGGGCACUAGCACAGCGUGGUCUGCAGGUUUUUGUUUUAGACAUCAAAAGCUUGACAUUGAUUUUGCAGCCGAGUCAUAUUUUUAAACGUUCUGUACUCUUUGCUCAACAAAUCAUCGGAUCAGUGUGCAGUUUAAAUUAAGUAAUUGUAGCUUUUGUGACGUUGAUAUCAGAGGACACUGUGACCUGAUUUUCUCACUGGAGUUUGUUCCAAGGGGACCAAACUGGACUGAAAAAUGACAGGUGAUGGAUGAUGUUAGUCCACGGGACAUUGGCCGGUGCUGUGGAAAACCUUAGUCCGAGGUUUUUUUGUGCUUUUUGCCACUUUUGUGCACAUGUGCAGCACUGUGCAUAGAGUGCGUUUACAUGGGGAUAUGAAGACCUUCAGGGAGUAAAGCAAGGAGAAUCUUGUGCUCAAAAAAGGCAUUAUUUUUUUCUCUUUUUCCUUUAUCUUUUCUUCCCAUCCUCACAGGCACUGCAUCCUCUUUGUAGAUGAUUUUUUUUUUUAAAAUAAAUCCUGAGCUACAGAAUACAGCACAUUAACCAGCAGUAUUUAUAACGUUUUAGAUUAUGUGUUAGUCGCUUUUUCAAUAUCUUGUUUAUGCACAGCUUAGAAUCUUCGCGGGAUCGUGUUUUUUAUAGUAAGGAGCACCAAAGUGGUGCUGAAUAAUCUGUAGGUACAAGAAAUGAAGUGCUUUACGAUGCUCCGUCAUUCCUUCUACAUGAAUCCAACCUUGUAUAUAUUUAAUGUAAAGAAAUUAAUCUGUCAACAGUUGCCUUACCAGCAUCGCUGAGCAAUUCCUCGUCGUCGCUUCCUUUUAAUGUUCUCACCUGUGGGAUUCCCGUAAUGUAAAGAUUUAUUUAUUUUGACAGCAGAGGACGCUGUGAUGCUGUGUUUUCUCAACCUGAGUUGGUGAUGAUCUUCAUCAACAUGUGUAAACACCUUGAAGUUGAGUUCCUGUGAAGAAUAUGUAUUUACAGUAGUGUGCCAUUAACUGCCCUCUGACCUCAGCAGGAGUCCUGAAGACUCAACUGUGUAAUAGCACGUUGUAUACAAAGUAUUCACUCUGUACUUCUUAGUGGUUUAUUGUUUUACAACAUUCAUUUAGAGUGGGUGUACUUACUUUCCAAAGGUUCUUGGCGCUGAUCGUCAGAUUUUAGUUUUCAGGUUUAAAGGUAGCCUGUGUAUAAGUUGUAGCUUUCAGGUUCCGGUGUGAUCUAACUUAAAUAGUCGCUCACACCUGUGUUGCACAAAAAGAAUCCCUUUUAUGUGAUUUCUGGAACACUUAGCUGAAGUAUCGAUGGGUUAAAAUAUGCAGGUGAUUAUUUUAAAUGUUUCACAUAAUGUGGAUUUUUUUUUUUUUAAUCUCGAUCACUCUCAUCCUUUUUACAUCAUUACAAUUCAAAGUUGUAAAACAAAAGUCCAACAGAGGCUGUUAGAUACUGUUUAUAGAUGGUGUGUUUCUUUGUCCCUGCCUUUUGUAUUCUGUUACUGUGCAUUUUACAAAUUAUUGCAUCUCUAAAACUCUAAUAAACACAUUCUGCUA